CACCAGAAUGAUCGCAGAAGUCAUCAAACUGCAAGAGGGGACUUCCAAAAAACAGCAGCAUAGUUCCACCAAAUCUAAACCCAAAAAGGGCAAAAAAGGGGCUGCAAAGCAAACAGAGACUGACAGCAUAUUAAAGGAACUGAAGAACGCUUUGAGACCCAUCAAUGACCGAGAGAACUCCAGACCGUCCACACCUCAACGCUGUGCUCAUGAUGAACUCAUGGCCUCCAUCAGAGGCAGUAGCAUCAAAAAACUCAAAAGGGUGGAGGUUCCAAAGUAUCUUCGGUAACCAGGCUGUAAGUCUGAACAGGAAACCCAUCUCCAGAGCAUCAUCUGCAAAAACAUCUGUAAAUACAGACAGUGUGCUUUUCUCAGAAUCACACCAACCUUCAGAAAAAUUCUGGUCAAUGCAGGUGUUUGGGGAGUUUGCGUUAAAUGUUCCAAGACAGUGGCACAACAGUCAAAUUCUGUAAAUGUCCACUUGAUCACAACAGGGCCUUGUUUAAUUUAAAACAACAAGGUUUUCCGUUUUGACGAUUGACCUGGAUAUUUGCACUGUAUUCAUUUUUUUAUUGUUAUUACUAUUAGUAAUAGUGGUAGUUUCUGCUGUUGUUGUGAUUGUACUUUCAUGUUUUUAAAUGAAAAAUCUACUUUGCCUUGUUAAUGAUUUUUAACACUACUUCAUGUCUGUAUAAAUGUAAAUAUGUGACUUGAUUUAAAAUGAUUAAAUGUCACUAAUUCAAUAAUCGGUUGAAAUAAUGAGCGCACCAUUAUUUAUGUCAUACAGUAUGUGUAAUACUACUUACCAAAACAGUUGCAAAGGUCAGAAGACUAGCGUGGGCUAAAAUGACCUUGCUGGAACGGGAGAGUAUUAGUUGUAUGAAUAUCAGUCUCUUAAUCCGGACCCUGUAUGUUUGUAUAUUUUGGAAAUGUUCCCUGGGACUAAAUCCACUCCGCAGCUGUUCACCAUGAACAGAGAAAUGGUUUUAGUAGCAGCGGCAGGAACAGCAGCGAAGUUUGUGUUCAGGCAAAGAGUGUAUCUGAAAGGCAAAUACUUUUUUUCAAAGAAGAGGGUUAUAUGAAUGAACAUUUAUCAACUUCUAACAUUUUUCCCAUGUAUAUCAAAGCAUGCGAUAGAUGUUUAAAGCAUGGAUGCAAUUUCUGAAGACACGAGGACACAAGGACAAAAUGCAAGUUGUUAAACAGGUUAUGAAGGAAGCACAGAAAUGGAACUAAAACACUUCCUUAAAACAUUUUGUUCCAAUUCAGCAUUAUGCAUUGCACUUACCUAAACUGAUAUUUACACAUGCUAAAUUCCUCAAAAAAAAAAAAAAAAACCCCCAUGGCAAUGAUCCAGUCCGUUCUGAAACAAUAUCAUUUCAUUUCAUAUGGCAGUGAAAUCAUUCAGUUGAUUUGCAUGCUCAAUGUCUGCCAAAUAACUUUAGAGCUCUAAAAAAAUAAGAACAAAACUAAAUGUCAGAUGCAAUCAGCUGCCCAGCUAAACCAAAGUAAUACC